AUGUGGGCUUUAUGGAAACAUAGAUGUGAUAGUGUCUUCCAACAUACUAACCCAAAUGCACUUAGCAUAACCAGGCAUAUAGAACAAUAUUUUCAGUGGCAACAUCUUGAAUUUAAACUUGUUACCACUAAUGCUGAUUCGCAGAGACGGGCUACUAUAUUUCCUCGUUGGCAACCGCCACCAGAGGGUUACUUUAAAAUUAAUAUUGAUGCUUCUAUGUUGCCUAACUGUACAAUUGCGGGAAUUGUCAUUCUAAUUAGAGAUCCUGCAGGGCGAUUCAUGGAAGCCAUGGGACUCCUCCAGCAUGCCAGAAAUAUAACUCAAGCAGAAGCAUGGGGAUUCUUACACGCUAUGCAAUGGGCACAUAGAUGUCAAUACAAGAAGGUUAUGUUUGAAAAUGAUAACAUGCAUGUAGUGAAUCUUCUUAAAUCCCAAAAGCUAUAUCCUCCCUGGAAGGAUGCAUGUAUAAUUAAUAGGUUUGUAAGUUUGUUAGUUCAAAAUCCUUAUUGGUCCUGUCUGCAUGCAAAUAGAUCUUGUAAUAAAGUUGCUGAUGAAAUGACUAAAUAUGUAAGGAAAAAUAAUUUAGCCAGAGUGUUGUGGUUUGUUUGUCCAUCGGAUUUCAGAACAACUCUUGAAGCUGAUUAUGCAUGUAGUAGCUUGUCAUAA